AUGUUGGGGAUUGGUCGGAUAGAUAUCCUAUUUUGCACUGAACGCGAUCUCCCAAUACGUCAUCGCUCAAGCUCCACCAGCUCAAAACCUAUCAACAAAAAUCGCGAAGAGCCUCCGACGACAACCUCGUUGAAUCAACCCCACAUCACUCUGGAUGAGAGUCGCUCAAAUGGGCCCUGGAAAGACCGCAUAAGGAAUAGCAAGCUCGUCAAACCUCCUGUUACCUACCGUUCGAUUGACGCAGAGACCUACCCUGGAACCGCUAAAGCGUUUUCGAAAGCAUCAAAAACCGAGAACGUCCUUGACCUUCUUGAGUCGGACUCUGAAGACCUUGACUACAAUCUUCCGCUCAAAUCCUCCAAACGCUCUUCGUUAGCUGACUCUGAUAAUAAUCGCCAUUAA